CGCGGACCCGGGCAGAGGGCGGUGCGGCGGAGCGUCGCCUCCCCCAGCCCGCACGACGGCCGGACGGGGGCGAGGCGGCGGCCGGGGCGGGGGUUGCGGCGCUGCGGGGACGGGCCCCAGCCGAGCGGCGGACCGGCAGCAUGACAGGCAGCCGGCGGCCCGCAGCCGCCCCCCGCCAGCCGGCGGGGAGCGCGGCCCCAGCGCAAAGUGAGAUGGCCCCCCGGAAACAGCCGCGGCGGAGGCUGCGCGCCCCGCGGGCGGCGUGACCGCCUCCCGGCCAAGCCAUGGGCCAGACCUCGGUCUCCACGCUACCCGAGCCGGCCAGCGUGGAUGGUUUGGAUAAGGCUUCAAUCGCUAACUCGGAUGGACCAGCCCCAGGAUCCCAGACACCCCCCUUCAAGAGGAAGGGAAAACUUUCCACCAUUGGUAAAAUCUUCAAACCUUGGAAGUGGCGGAAGAAGAAGACCAGUGACAAAUUCAGGGAAACAUCAGCAGUGUUGGAAAGGAAGAUUUCAACAAGACAAAGCAGAGAGGAGCUGAUAAGAAGGGGAGUGCUGAAGGAAAUGCCCGAGCAAGAUGGUGAUGUAACAGUAAAUUUUGAAAGCUCAAAUGGACACACCAUAGCCAUUGGUGAAGAAGCUAUACAAGAGGAAAAUGUGGCAAAAGCCAGUGGAGAUAAUGGGACUUCAGCAGAGAAAACAUCAGCACUGGAAGGAAAGAAAGAAGAUCAUAAAGAGAGCACUACUGACCACUGCCCAGAAAUGCCAGCAUCUCAUGCUCCACCACUACCCAAGCCUAAGCCUAAGCCUAAAAAAGCUCCUCUACCACCAAAAAAUGCUAUUGCUGCUUCCACCACCACCAGCUGUAAGAGUAACGAAGCACCUCAUACUAAAAAAAAGGGGAAGGCUCCUGCUAAGCAGCCUCCUCUCCCACCGCCCAAGCCAACAAGUCACAGUGCGAGCCGAGAAGCUGCUAGUUCCUCUCAUGUGAAAAAAACACCAGUCUCCAAGUCUUCUUCAUCCCCAUGCCCUUCGUCCACAUCAUCUCAGCCCAAAGCCUCCAAGGAGACUUCCAGCAAAUCAAGCACAUCAGGGACUUCCAGGGGCAAGAAAAAGCCUGGGAAACAGUCAGCCCCACGAACAGCGCCAGAUGGGGCUGCCUCUUCCCCCUCAGGUGCCACAACCAGCAGGUUGGAAGUGAAGGCAGAAAAAUCUGAGCCUGAGCAACCUUCCGUAGUAGUUUCCGAAACGGAGGAUGCAGAGCAAGCAGGGAAGCUCAUUGUCCCCCCGCCUCCCACUGCUGCCCCUCCUCCACCUCCACUCCCACCUCCUUUUCCUACUGCACUUGUUCAGCAGACUAUCUCCUCAGAUGCCCAAGCUGUGUCAGACAGCUGUGUGGGAGGGCUGGCAGUCUCUGGAUCAGAUACUAAACCUCUUCUCUGGACUGAACAUGGCACAAAUGGGGACCUAAGCAGUGCAGCCCUAGACAGCAGUCGGGAUGCUAGUGGAGAAGACACAGAAAGCCUGGCUGCCAAAGAAGAUCAGGAAGUGGAGGCACCUGACCAGGUGCUCUCUGAACCAGUGGAGGAGGCUCCUGAUGCUGCUGCCCCCCAUGAGAGUGAAAGCAGCAGAGACAGCCACAGCAGUGACUCGGACUCAGAUGGGCCAAUACUGUACACAGAUGAUGACGAUGACGACGACGAUGAUGAUAAUGCAAGUGCUGAAAGCUCUUUGGCAAGUAAAAUUCGUCGCAGGGAUACACUUGCUAUCAAACUUGGCAACAGACCAUCUAAGAAAGAAUUAGAAGACAAAAACAUCUUGCAGCGUACAUCUGAAGAGGAGAGGCAGGAAAUCAGACAUCAGAUUGGAACGAAGCUAGUGAGGAGACUUAGCCAGAGGCCUACAACUGAAGAGCUAGAGCAAAGAAAUAUCCUGAAACAGAAGAAUGAAGAAGAGGAACAGGAAGCCAAAAGAGAAAUAAAACGUAGACUCAGUAGAAAGCUCAGCUUGAGGCCUACGGUGGCUGAACUUCAGGCAAGAAGAAUCCUCCGAUUCAAUGAGUAUGUGGAGGUCACGGAUUCUCCCGAUUAUGACCGGCGUGCCGACAAGCCUUGGGCCAGGUUAACUCCUGCAGACAAGGCAGCAAUACGGAAAGAACUGAAUGAAUUUAAAAGCACAGAAAUGGAAGUACAUGAGGAGAGUCGGCAGUUUACCAGGUUUCAUCGUCCAUAACUGUUUGACCACAUCACAUAGUUCAUGUGACAGUUUUCUUUGGGGAAAUCACUUUGUCCUGAAGAGCUGAGAUUGCACUGGAACUUGACUGAGUAUGAGCGUGUGCUGGAGCUUAGCCUGAGGUUAAAGAAGGAUGUGGCCCUCAUCUUUAUCAAUGGACAACUGAGCUGUCUAGGAGGAGAACCUACAUGAAGUGUUUGCUGGUGUUAAGAAAGACCACAGUCUGUGACUAGCCCACACAGAUGAGUCACUGGACUUCUUCCUCGGAGCUCCACGAGUCAGGAAGUGCUGAAGACAAUCGCUUGAGGGCCUCUUACCAGGAACUCACCAGACUUCACAGGGUUAUGACUGAGGGUAACUGAGAAGUGGGAGGGUGAAAAGAACUGAGUGCAUGGGGGAAGAGAGACUUUGCUUUUCAGUGCACAGAGAACAAAUGGGACCUGCUUAACAAUAGACUGGGCCAGUGGGAGGGACUGUUUUUUUUAACUGAGAGUGCAAGUAACUGUGCAUGUAUUUUUUUAGUGGCCUCAGCCUGUCUUAGAAAGAGAGCAAGCCAUGAGCCCUCGUGUCAUCCAUACUUUAGUGAAGAACUGUAAUUCUCUCUGGUGCCAGCAAGUGCAGUUGCCAGACAUUAGUCCUAGUAGAACUCAGCUGUCUUUUUUUUAAGUCCUGAUGAGCAUGCUUCAAGAAAGUACACUGAACAUUCAUACAGAGUAAGUCAUCUGGUUUUUAGUUUUGAAUGUUGACAUAUUCUGGAUCCGCAGAAAUACUUAAACAGGAGUUGAAGGACAAAUAAUGUGACACUAUGGAUGCAACUAAAUGCUUGAUGUGUAGAAACGCUCCUUGCUGCCUGCCACGUGCCAUCCCAAACAGAGCCUGUUCUUUCUCACCUAUGGCAGGCAGUGGUGACAAAUUUGACAUCAUGCUAGUCUGAACCCAAAAUCAGAACUGAAAUUAGGCACAAAAGCCUUUACUAGUAGGCAUGGGCAGUGAUUACUAAUGCAGCCUUUGAUGCUGAAGGACUCUUGCACUACUCUGAGGAAGAACUCCCAAAUUAAUCAGUAUGUCUUCAGCCAGCAGUCCUGUAAAAGGGAAUGGAAAAUCCUUAAAGAGUGUCUGUAGCCUGUUUUUGUUGAGUGUGAAGAAUGGUUCUUAGAUUGGUCAUUUUUUUAUACUCUCUUGAAAUUGUACCUGUGAAUACAGUACUACUAAACUUAAGUGGUAUGAAGUGUGAAAGGCAAUACAUGGUUUUUGUAAGCUGGCCCAAAGGCCUAUUAAAAAAGCCUGUGGCGUUGUUUACACUAAGAAA